UGUAUAAAUAUGAGACGAGUCGCUGGCUGCGCGAUCAGAGCAGACAUAUGUACACAUGGUCUCUGUCAGACCCUUUCUGCAUCAUCUACCUAAACGCUGCACUUCGACCAAGAGGUUGACAACGAUAGGUCCUCCUGCCCUUAUGCUACAGGUGCCUUGAGAAGCAGGCUGUCAGUUCUGACCAGACCCUCAGAGCUGCAUGAUGAAGUGCUACUGCUGCUGCCGCUGCCACACAGCACCGCGCCUGCUGCUGCUGCUGAUGGGGCUGCUUGCCACCCUGCACGUCACACAAGCCGCAGUGUGUCCUGACAAAGAGCCGGGUCUGCAGCCCUGGACCCCGGGCCACAGCGAGGCUCAUCGCGUUACCAUCGGUUACGGACGCAGAGUCCUCCUCACCAGCUCAGCCACUGUCCACUCUAUUGAGAUCCUCAACGGAGGAAAGCUUGUAAUUGCCGACACAGGCCGUCCUAUCCUGCUGAGGGCCAAGCACAUCCUGAUCGGGAGCAGAGGAGAGCUGCACAUCGGGAGCCCUGAGUGCCCUUAUAAAGGCAACCUCACCAUAUCCCUCUUCGGAAGAGCCGACGAUGCUGACAUUGAGCACAGCUACUUUGGGCGAAAGUACAUCGGCGUCGGCACGGGGGGCACGCUGGAGGUGCACGGUGCCAAGAAGCUGUCCUGGACCUUCCUCAACAAGACACUGGCCCCUGGCGAGGGCAACGACAACAGCUACCACUUCGAGAGGGGCUGGGGGAACAGGGGCAUCAUCGUCCAUGUUAUCGACCCCAGCACGGGCAACGUGCUGCACAACGACAGGUUCGACACGUACCGCAGUAAGGAUGAGAGUCGGCGCCUGGCCCAGUACGUGGGAGCGGUGGAGGAGGGCAUGAUCCUGGCCAUGGUGGUGAACGACGAGGGCUCCAAUAACCUGGAGGACACGGCCAAGAAGGCGCUCUCUAAGAUGGGCAGCCGAGAGCUCACACGCCUGGGAUUCCGUCAUUCCUGGAGUUUCAUCACGGUGAAGGGGGACUCUUCCCUGGCGGUGGAGGACAGGGCUAUCUAUCAGGGUACCAAGGCUUCCUCGGAGGCCAAGAGCUCCAGAAUCUUCCACACGGGCUACGGAGAACAUUUUACUAUCACUACAUCCAGCCAGUGGGUACAAGAGGCGGAGUGGACGGAGUGGUUUGACCGGGAUGAUGAAAGGGGCUCUGGAGACUGGGAGAAGCUCUCUGAUCUCCACAAGGCUUACCCUGAGCGCCUCUGCAGCAACCCACUGGACAUGGAGGUCGAGACCCAUGACGGCAUCCCUGCCAACAUGACCGGCGAGAUCUUCUCUAAGAACGACCAGAGCUACGGCUUCGUGUGCCUGAAUAAGGAUCAGGCCGACGGGCUCUGCCAUAACUACAGAGUGCGCUUCCUCUGCGGCAAGCUGGUCCGCCCUCAAGCAUCCAUCACGGUUGACACGCUGUCCAACUCCAGCAUCCUAGAGCUGGCUGACGAGGCGUACGGCUGGAGGGCCGGUGACCGGCUGGUGGUGGCCAGUACCGACUACUCCAUGCACCAGGCCGAGGAGUUCGACGUGCUGCCUUGCCCCGCCUGCGCUACCAACCAGGUCAAAGUUCAAGGCAAGCCAGUGUUUGUGCACAUGGGUGAGGAGGUGGACGGUGUGGACAUGAGGGCGGAGGUGGGCCUGCUGAGUCGUAACAUCCUGGUGAGGGGCGAGAUGCAGCCCACCUGCUACGGCACCGAGGCCUGCAAGUUCUUCUCCUUCGACACCUUCGGCGGACACAUCAAGGUGGAGAAGGGGUUCCGUGCGGUGCAUUUUGAGGGUGUGGAGAUGCAGCAUAUGGGGCAGCAGUCUAUGGGCCACUACCCGGUGCACUUCCACAUGAACGGGGACGUGGACGAGCAGGGGGGGUACAACCCCCCCACCUAUGUCAAGGACCUGUCCAUACACCACACCUUCUCCCGAUGCGUCACUGUGCACGGCUCCAACGGCCUGCUGGUGAAGGACAUUGUGGGCUACGAUGCGCUGGGCCACUGCUUCUUCACGGAGGACGGUCCGGAGGAGCGGAACACGUUUGACCACUGCCUGGGGCUCAUGGUGAAGGCCGGCACCCUGCUGCCCUCCGACAGAGACAGCAAGAUGUGCCGCGACAUCACCUACGGGGCCUACCCCGGCUACGUAGCUAAGCCACGACAGGACUGCAGUGCCACCUCCACCUUCUGGAUGGCCAACCCCAAUAACAACCUCAUCAACUGUGCUGCCGCGGGCUCAGAGGAGACAGGUUUCUGGUUCAUCUUCCACCACGUCCCCACGGGGCCCUCAGAGGGCAUGUACACUCCCGGCAGGACCGAGCACACGCCCAUGGGGAAGUUCAUCAACAACCGCGCACACUCCAACUACAGGGCGGGCAUGAUCCUUGACAACGGCGUAAAGACCACAGAGGCCAACGCCAAGGACAAGAGGCCCUUCCUGUCUCUGGUGGGGGCGAGGUAUGGUCCACAUGAGGAUGCGGACCCCUUCAAGCCCAGAGUGCCAGCGCUCAUCCACCACUUUGUGGCCUACAAGAAUGAGGACCACGGUGCUUGGCUCAGAGGAGGAGACGUGUGGCUGGAUGAUUGCCAAUUCGCUGAUAAUGGCAUCGGCCUAACCCUGGCCAGCGGAGGCACCUUUCCAGACGACGACGGCUCACGUCAGCAAGUGCAGAACUCGUUGUUUGUGGGCGAGAGCGCCAAUCGGGGCAUGCCCAUGCCCAUGCACAGCAUCUGGGGUCCCGGGGGCACCGACCUGUCGGAGAGGUCGCUACCCAGGGGAGUGAAUUUCCCGAUCCGAGGCAUGCAGAUCUAUGACGGGCCCAUCAACGUCCAGAACUGCACCUUCCGGAAGUACAUCGCCCUUGACGGCCGUCACACCAGCGCGUUCGGUUUCCGCCUCAACAACUCCUGGCAGAGCUGUCCCAACAACAACGUCACGGACAUCACAUUCGACGACGUUCCGUUGACGUCACGGGUCUUCUUCGGCGAGCCGGGCCCCUGGUUCAACCAGAUGCAGAUGGACGGGGACAAGACCACCAUCUUCCAUGACGUGGACGGCUCGGUGAGCGAGUACCCCGGCGCCUUCUUGGUCAAGGAGGACAACUGGAUGCUGCGCCACCCCGACUGCAUCGACGUGCCCGACUGGAGAGCUGCCAUCUGCAGCGGGCACUAUGCCCAGAUAUACGUUCAGACGCGGCAGCCUGCCAACCUGGACCUGACCAUGGUGAAGAACGAGUAUCCAGAGCGGCCGCUGCGUCUGGUGGGUGCGCUGGGUAAGAAGAACCACUACCAGCAGUUCCAGCCCGUGGUGGCGCUGGCCAAGGGCUACACCAUGCACUGGGACCAGGCCGCACCCGCAGAGGUCACCAUCUGGCUCAUCAACUUCAACAGGGGCGACUGGAUCAACGUCGGCAUCUGUUACCCGCGGGGAACAGCGUUCACCAUCAUCUCCGACAUCCACAACCGCCUCACCAAGGAGACGCGCAAGACGGGCGUGUUCAUGCGCACCAUGGACCGUGACAAGAUGGGCCACGGCCACCAGGCCAGGGGCUACUACUACUGGGAGGAAGACACGGGGCUGCUCUUCUUGAAAGUCCGGGCUCAUAACGAUAAGGACGACUUUGCCUUCUGCUCGGUGAAGGGCUGCGAGAGGGUGAAGAUCAAAGCAGUCAUCCCCAAGGGAAGCCCUCCCAGCAACUGCAUGGCACAGGCCUACCCUCGCCACACUGAGAUGCCCGUCGUGGAUGUGCCCAUGCCCAAGAAGCUACCUCAGUCGAAACUGCCCGACACAUCAGAGCACUUCCUCGAGAUCCGACUGGAGUCCUACAACACGCGCUUCUUCCACAUCAAAGAAGACUUUGCCUUCACAGAGGUGAAUGGGAAGAAGAUCUACCAGUCUGAUGACGGCGUGCAGCUGACGGCCAUCGAGGGCCACUCAGGGAAGGUGUUGGAGACCAAAGGCUUCCGGAACUCUCUGCUCAUGGGCAUUCCAGCACAGAUAGACAACUUCAUCUCCAACCUGAAGGAAGAAACUAUUGUGUUGGUCACCUCCAAAGGACGCCUGGCGACAAGAGGAACUUGGACCAAAGCUCUGGAGAAAAUCGGAGCAGACCCCACUGUGAAGUUGAAAGAUAAGAUGGUGUUUGUGGGCUUCAAAGGGAGCUUCAGGCCCGACUGGCUGAAGAUGGUGCUGGACGACAGCCUGGCCAAGAUUCACCAAGUCUUACCCAUCCCCAUCGUCAGGAAGAACAGCCUAUAAGGGAGGAUAGUUACACUAGAGCAGACACUUGACUGGACUGCAGCCUGGCCUACCCUGUCCUGCCCUGGCCAGCCUGCUCUCACCACUGCCCAACAAACUGUUGUGAGAGCCCCCUUUGUAAAGCCCAGAGUGGACUACAGAACAGGAGGAUACAACAGCGAAGACGAAGCAGAAGAAGAAAAUGAAAUUUUUUUUAAAAAGAAGAUAACAAAGCGUUAAAAAAGCAUGCAUUUGUGUUGCUUAGCUUAUCCUCCCAGCUGGUCUUGAUAUCUGUGACUCCGUGGACGUGAGUGAGUGGAUUGUGUCGUCGUCAGUUGAAUAUACUUGACUCUCCCAGAAAAGAAAAAACUGAAGAAGAAAAAAAAAUCACAUUCCUUGUUUCGUCCUACUCAGUGAUGUCAAACCUGUCUCAUUCCAGAAGAAAGUUGUUUUUACUUGGCUUCAAUGGGGUUUCCAGCUUAAUAUUGUGAUGUUUUCACUCACUCGUCUCAUACCAAGCAUUUUGUGGCGUUAUGUUUGAGUUCCUAUAGUACCAGCGACCAAAUUGUACCACCCCCUCCCCCUCACCCAACCUUUAGUCCAAUUGACUUUAAAGAAAUUAUGCCUGAACUUAGUGUCCUAUUGCGAUAGGGAAUGUGCUUAUGUGCUUCACCACUGAAACUGAAGUGUAGGAGAGCAAUUAAGAAUUGUGAUUAAAAACUUGAGAAGUUUUUUUUUAGGAAUUGUACAAGUAGAUGGGGCCACACAAAUUAUGCAGGGAAGACUAUGUAUGUCAUGUCUCCAAAUUGUUACAGCACAUUGUUUACUAUAUGCAAACUGUGGAUGACAUCUUGCACUCUGGAAAUGACAGCUCGCCAUAACUACCUGUCAUGAAUUGUGUAUUUAAAUGGGGCACUCCAUCAAAAUGCAGCAGUUGGAGAUAUUUGAUGACACACAAGCACAAAGACUUUACAAACAUAUUACACGUGUGAUGGCACAGCGAUGCACAACACCAACACACUGGUACCCAAUACGAUAGAGAUGGAAAAAGUUUUUACAAAAGUGUCCUUUGUUGUUAUUAUUAUUAAAACAUGCUAUUGGCUAUUAUAUGAUCUCCCACAGUGGUAGGAAAUGGUUCACUAACAACCAUUUGCAGGAGACAAAUUUUCCAAACAAAAUUGCCCUGCCAUUUUUGAUGGAAUGCCUCCACCUCCGUCGUUGUUGAUUAGCAACCUUUCGGCAAGAAGCCGGAGAUUUCCAUUGCCGAAAUAGCUGGUCUUUUUUCGGAAAAAUUGUAAUUGUUCAUGUUUUAUAUAUGUUUUAUGUGUUUGUAAAAUUCCUCAGAUUGAUAACAGAGAUAUAUUUUAUACUUAUUUAUUGUACAGGCACAAUCACACAAAUAUAGAGGGGGCAUAUUUUAAGUUGUAAUGUAAUUCUGUCCUUACUGUAAAGAAAUACCAUUUAGUAUCAUUUAAAUGAGUAUACCACACCAAGUGUAAGUAUGAUUCAGCAUAUACAGUAUCAGCCAUCGUUUUAGUUGUACAUUGAUGUGUUAUAAAUGUGACUUUGACAGAGGCAAUGUAAACCCAUUACUUGUGUUCAGAAUAUUUUGUACAGAAAUAAAUGAAAACAUACAGA